GGGAGCGUUACCAAAAGUCGAUUUUGUAUGUGUGUAUGUUGUUCCAUAAUCCUUUUGUACUUUCAAUAUAAUUCACCCUUGUUGCAACCCCAGCGAUGAGUGGGGAUUACCCGUAUUUCCCGUACCUGGCUCUGUACAUUGUCUCGGCCAGUUUAUGGAGUUCAGAUACUAUGGGGGCUACACACUGGAUUCUAAACGAACGAGAUGGAGUCGUACGGGCCAGCAGUGAAGGUGAUAUUCUGAAAUCCGACCCCGUGUUAUUGAUUCUAACGAAAACUAACCCUCCUAAGACGGUUAGCGGUAGGAAAACAAACUGCGACCAGUGCAAUAAGGGCAGAUCUCAGGGACUGAGGUGAGUGUAUCCGUGAAAUUGUAGGCCAAAGUAGCCUUUAAUUGGUAAGUGUAAACUUGGUUUGUUUUGACGUGCGGCAAGGCCAUGCAUAGCGCAUAUUACGGACACGGCCGAUCACGAAGAUUACUCCUGUUUUUCACGUGUUACUUUCUUCCAUUUUUUUCGCUACAAGAAUUAUUUCUGUUAAGCGGAUUAUUUUUAAAUUAAAUCUGAAGUUAUGAUUUUGAAGUUUGUGACGUUCAGUUGAAGCCACGAGAUAAACACGAAUGAGGCAACGUGUUUAAUUUGCAUUUGAAGUCUUCGCGGUACAAAGUACUAAUGAACUGUAAACCUGCUCUGGUUGUUAGGAGAGAAAUUAUUUUUCGGUAUUUUUUACUCCUUUGAUUGCAGAAUUAUUUUAAUGAGAACUUGUUUAUGUGUUAGUUGGCGAUGGAUUAACCAGCCAUCAUCGAGUGGGUUGGAAACCGAUGGUGACUUUAAAAAGUCAUCAAAUACUUACUUGGUUUUGCAUGAAUCAAUACAGUUUUACAGGUUUCACCUCAGUCUGACAAAUGUUAGCAAAAACCAGUGCUUCGGAGAAGUUUUUUUUAUUAUUAUUUUAGUGGAUAAGCAGCUACAUUUGGUCGGAAAAACUAGGAAAAUUUUGUUGUAAAUUCAUCUUCAUUCGAUUUUUCAAGCGAAUGAGCCAAAUUGAGACAGUUUUUUCGAUAUUAUUUGACGUCGAUCACCGAUACCUUUGCGUGUCAUCAGAAUUUUUUUAAUGGCCUCUCCACCUGCCCUCGCAUGCAGUAGUUUUGAUAAGCUUGUUUACAUUACUUUUCAAACGUAUGCGUAUGGUACAGCCACAGGGGACUCCAAAAUUUUAAAGUUAGCUCCGAAGAUCAAGAUACCCUCAUUAAGCACACUGACAAUUUUCCCUAUCAUCAGCAUGCAUAAUAUUUGUUUUUUUUAAUUAAGAUAUCUCAUGGUUUGGCAGUCUGUUGUGGAAAAUUGGAAGUGAUAAUUAAUAAUUGAUAGCUAGAAUAGCUUUCAACAGUUUGUGGGCAACUUGAAGUUGAUAUUAAUAUUUAAACAAGUUCAGAACUGAUUUUGGCAAUGUAACUCUCAGUUUUGUCUUCAGUCUUCUCUUUUUUAAAAAAUUUGAAAAGUUGAAUCUGAUUUUCAGUCUGAAUAAGUCAGCUGUGAGGUCAAAACAAAAGAGUUAUUUUUGUCUGGGCAUGAGGUCAGUCAGAGAGGGUAUUAUCAGUACUUAAGGGUUAUUUAUUUGAGGCGGUUAAGUUUGCAUAUGAUACAAAGUUACAACACAAAUAUUAUAUUUAAACUUAUUUGUGUUGCUUAAAUGUUGCUGCCAUCAUAAGCAAAUUAUUUGUUGUAUGAAUUUCUCUCAUUAUUAUCUUUGUUCAGCAAACAAUGUCAAGCAUUAAAUUUUUGCAUAAAGACAAAGAAAACUUUUAAGGCACCAGUGAGGAUUCAGUCUUCAGUCAUACACCUAAAUUUAUAGUUAUAUGCAUGGAUAUUGUGCAAGUUGCUUGGCAUUUUCUGAGCCCUGUAGGGGCAAGGAAAAAUAUGGUCAAUGAGCAAAAUAUCUGCUUGUAUUCUAUGUUAAGCCAUCAAAUAAGGGAUUUAUUAUUUGACUGUUAUUUCAUUUUCUAAUAUUUCAGCUUCUAGUUUUUUUGAAAUACUUCAUAUCUGGACCAUAUCUGAGCCAUAUCUGCCUUUAGUCCAAACAUCUGAUUGUAAACUCUCCUCUUUAGCUGCUAAACAUUUCCUUGUCAAUCAGUAAAAAGAAUUUGGUGUUAGAUCAUGUUAAUAACUUGAACCUGAUGGGUUUGAGAGAUCUCAUUACCUGUUUGCUGGAUAAUGUAUGGUUACUGUAAGGAGAAGUUACAUGGGAUUGAAAGGGUUGAUCAUGAGUUUUCUCAAGCUCAGGUUUAGAGUAUGUGCCUGUGAAAUCUGAGAUUUCUGAAGUUUGUUUCUUGGUGGAAGGCAGAUAUUCUUUCUUUUCUCUGUAGCAAGUGAAUAACAUUUCUCUUCACCAACAAUCUUUUUGAAAUUAAUAUGUUCAGGUUGUUGAUUUUUUUUUUCAUUCACAGUCCUGUUGUCGGUGCGGUAGGUCCUACAUCCCUUGAAUUAUUUCCUGCACCCCAGUUAACAUGUGGAUCCUCAGUUAAUGAGACAUCUUAUGACCACUUAGAAGGAAUAGCUAACCGAGAGUACCAUCCAACAUUUAUGGAGCCUGAUGUAGCAAUGCUAUUUAAGAAGAAUGAUAUGGAGGACAUUGACUUAGGUGUUAUAGAAUCAAACUUGAGAAGAGCUAUUGAAGAAGUAAGUAAAUGGUUGCAAAGUGUUUUACAGAAAUGGCUUAUUCCAUAUGGCCCUUUGAAUCCUAUUGGCAAACUUAUCAUUGGUAGUGUAGAGCAAUUUUUAAUAGACUAUCAAAAAUGAUCCUGUGUUGCUUUGGUUUUGCUUUUUUGUAGGCCACCCUCUCAACCAAUCAGAUUUAAAAGUAAAACCAACCCAACUUGAUGACUUGUGUUUUCCCGUGCUCCAAGCACUUUGUCCAUUUUUACUUUGAGUUCUACUGGUUAACCCUUUAACUCCCAAGACCUGAUUAGUAAUUCUCUCCACUUGCUGCUACACAAUUCCUUGUAAAUUAGUUACGGGAAUUUGGUGCAAGAUCAAGAUAAAAACUUCUUCCUGAUGAGUUUGAGUAUUUUCAUUACCUGUUUGCUGGUUAAUAUGUUGAUAUUAUAUGGAGGAAUUACAUGUUAAUCACUCCUAGGACUUAAAGGGUGAAGGAUAAUGUUGACCCUUGUUCUGAUUGGUAGUUGUAAUUAAUUUGUUGUUUUUUGGAACUCAAUUGAAAACUUCUAUAUACGGCAGAAAUGACUAUGACUCCUCAGCUUGACUGCCAUAAAGUAUACCAAUAUAUUUCCUACAUAGGUAGUUUCUUGUUCCUUGUAAUAUCUCUAUAAUUGCUUUUUACUUGUUUAUUUUCCUUUGAACAUUUGUCUAAGUAAUUUUAAAUUACUCUUUCUCAUAAAAAUCCACCUAGAAAAAUCAUUCUUAAAUUUCUCCUACUCAUCAAAGUGUAAAACAGCAAUUUUCACACAAACAUUUCUGCAAAGAAGUAGAGGGAAAUCUAUGAUUUGACCCUCUAACAACUUUAUUUUUAUGAUUUUCUCUUUAGUAAGGAAUGUCAAUAGAUCAGAGAUUCAAGAAAAUAUCAAUACACAAGUCAUGGAAGGUUUCAAGAAAGCUGAGACACCAGCUCUCUUGAACUUGCAUCUUUUUUAUUAUUUGAACUUUCAUCUCGCCCCUUUCUGGUUCCCCCCUACUACCCCCCCCCUUUCAUGACUGCUAAUUAAUUUCCACAGCAUGAUCACAGAUAUUUUUAAAAACCACCUGUGCUCUUAUGGAAGUGUAGUUAUUUCUCUUUACAUUUAUUUUGUUUGCUUUCCUGCAGAGUCCUAAUUCAGUUGUUGUUUGUAAUCACAUUGGAAAUUUCUGGAGAAUUAGAGGAAGUACAUACCACUCUAUAGAGUGUUUCAGAAGAGCGUUGUAUUUUUCACCAAAUGAUGCUGAUGCCCUCUUAAAUCUUGCCAAGGUCCUUUUCAAUUUGAACUAUAUUCAGGAUGCUGCAAUCCUUGCGCGAAGAUCACUAGAAAUGCAACCAUCCGAACAUAACUGCUGGCUUCAGCAUUUUACUCUUGGUGAAAUUCUCAGAGCAAAUGGAGACCUGGAAGAAGCUGGGAUCCACUUCAGACAUGUGCUGGACCUUAACCCAUCAUUUGAGCUAGCAGAGCUACAUCUGAGGGAGAUUGGAUCACCAUCAACUUCUACUACAAAUGCAUAUACAUUCUUAAUCAUUGGCCUUCUUGUGGUUGUUGUCUUGGCAACAGUCUACUUCAUGACACUUACAAGUGAGGGCCGUGGGAUAAAAAACACCAGAAUGCAGCUCUGGGUUGAUGGGAAAAGACCUAGGAGGAGACCAAUCACAUGAGUAUUUUGCUGUAGCUGUUUAUUUAAGAACUCUGAGAGACUUUUUUUUUUGCACAAUAUGAUGUCUUUAAAAUACAUCUUUGCAAAUGCAAACCUUGUUUUCAAGAAUUUGGACAGAUGAAAACAACCUUGUGAGUGUUUCACUUCUCUGGUCCUAGACCCUGCAAGGCAGAGUCACUGAAGCUGUUUUAUAAAAAAUUGAUAUUUGUAUGAAAAUUAGUUGUUUAUAAUAAAGGAAUGUCACAACAGCUGUGUGGAACAUGGGAAUCUUGUUGGUUGAGUUUAUAAAAAAGUCAUGUCUGAUUUGAAA